AUGCCGCCAAAACGUCAAGCCUCGACAGCAACAGUGUCUACCCCUGAAGCGUCUAUUGACCCCAUAGCCCUAGCUACUGCUAUAUCUGAGGCCUUCAAGUCCCAGGCGGUUCUUGACCUUAUCAUUCCUGCCCUUUCCGAUGCUAUAUCUCACAACCUGCACCAGGCUAUGCAGCUCGAGUUCGUCAAAAGAGAUGAACAAAUUGCGAAACUGCAGCAUGAUGUGCGCCAUCUUGAAUCGAGGAUCGAACAACAAGAACAAUACAGCCGCCGUGAUACGCUCAUUGUUCACGGCAUUCCUGAGCCAGCAUCGCCGGAGAUUGAGAAUGCUCACAAAAAAAAGAUUAUCGACGUUGCGCAACACCACCUCAGCCUGGACUUAGGCCUGAACAGUAUUGACCGCGCCCAUCGUAUCGGUUCGCGCCUGGAUAAGUCUGAAGAGAGAAUUCUGCCACUUGGCCUCAGGAUUGUUGACCUCACUUCUCCAGCAUCGGACGUGACUGUUCCUUUCCCAGGCAUUCGCUCUAAGUCGAAGCACAUGUGUAAAAUGAGACACCAAGAGCCCCAUCCAACGCCCAGGAUUCUCAAAUGGCUGCAGUCCAACUACGAGCUUGCUGAUGGUGUGUGCAUCCCGCGCAACACGCUCUAUGUCCACUACACGGACUUCUGUAAAAAGACCAGCACUCAUCCGAUGAACGCUGCAAGCUUUGGCAAGAUGAUCAGACAGAAGUUCCCGCAGUUGACGACGAGACGUCUAGGAACCAGAGGACAAUCCAAGUACCAUUAUUACGGAAUUGCAGUCCAGGAGACUUCCGAAUACUAUGAAGAAAACUACUCCAGUAAAGUUGCUGAAAGCACUUCUCACGAAGUGAGUAAAAGAGAACAUCCCAGACAGACGGUGGCCUACUCACCCCGCUGCAAGUUGGGCACACUUCUGCCACCUUUUCCUGACGUCAAGGACAUCAAGCUGCCUGGAAACAUCUCAGAGGGAAAGGUAUGUACAUUUCUGAUGAUGUACCGCACCCACUGCCAGCGCAUUCUGGACACGGUCAUCCGGGCCAGCUUCGACGAAGUGGAAACCUACCUCCUCCAUUUCUGGCAGGGGAUGCCGCCCCACAUGCUGGGCGUGCUAGACUCCGCUACAGUCGCUGAUAUCGUCGGCCUGUGCGACUCCAUAUUGUACAAGGCCAUUGCUGGGGUACUCAUGCCGUCCGUUACGCAGACCAUACCGGAGAGCCUGACCCAGGUCAUCGGCUCGUUUGUCCGCAGACUGGAGGACUGGCUACGCGACGCGCUGGACCAGCUUCCGGAAUCUCUCUGCAACACCAAAUUCACGAUGGCCAGGUACUUCUCGCGUCUGAUUCAGCGCCAGGGGUCUCUCAACCAUCUCUGCCAGGCCUCCAAAGCAACCAUCCAGACCAGUGACGUCACGUCUCAGAUGGCCGAUGAUUGGUCCCUGAUCGACCACGUGACGCUACGUAGCCAGACGCUGUACGCCGUGCAGGACAUGGCGCCUGCGCCUCAGCUAGCCCAACUGUGCGAGGAAUUCGGUGGCCUUUUAGAGGAGCAAUCGUCACUCGAGGCCUACACUGACUGGCUUGACUCUCUACUCGAGAAGUGCGUGGAAAAGCAUCAACAAGGUCAAGGGUCAAGCAGCGUGUGUCAGAGGGCACGGCGGUUCAUGCUCAUUUGGUCCUGUUUGAGCACAAAGGUCAUGAGAGACAUGACGCUCCACAGCUCCCCAAGUUUCGGUUCGUUCCAUCUUCUCCACAUGACACUGGAUGAGUACGUACACUACAAGAUGGAGCUGAUCCACACUCAGGAGCGAGCCGACAGCUUACUGCGCAGACUCAAAGGAGAAACGCAGGGAGCCUUCGACACUGACGACAUUUUUUCGUUGAUACCAAACUGGAGGUUGACGUCGACAAAGCCGUCCUAUCACACGCCGUGCCGACAGCAGUUUGGUGCUCAGACCACUACAUCUCUACCCGCAAAUUCGCACAGUCUGCCAGCCGACUGCUACUAUUUGAGCCGCUCAGGUCCCUCAUCAGACAUGGCCUCAAGUUACAUGACCUGCUCGGAGUCACGUGGUCCAUCUCAUGUUCCGGGCAUGCAACAGUCGCCGGCAGCGGGUUCACAUUUGGCGAGUCUCAGCGAGUUUGGCGACUAUCCCCCUUGGUCGAUUUACAGCUCAGAAAAUAGUGCCUUCACGCCCGUGACUAGUAAUACCGACUGUGCAACCGCCAAAGCGCCUUACCCAAACAACCCAUUCAUGGUGCAGGACGCUCCGCGCGACCACCCAUUCCAUGCAACAUCGGCAUUUACUUCCAGUUGCUAUCAUGGCGACGGUGUCUGUACCAGUGACGCCCAGAAAGACCCCUGCCUCGACUGUGAUGCAGCGCUGUCAAGGAGCAGCUUUGAAAACCAGUCGGAACCGGUCGGAGCCAGAUACGUUCGUCGACUUCCACCGGCGCCGAGUGAUGCAACUUGCGCUCUGAUGGACGGUCACCAGCUUGUUUCAGAUACUCCCUAUCAUCUCAACGACAGGGAGUUUCACCACUUUGCGAACUACGCCCAGCACCAGGAACCCUUUCACACAUCGACCCAUGCAAAUGAGUACAGACAUUACGGUUCAUCACUGUGCAGUUAGCCUCAUCCGCGCAGGGUUGACUAAAUAAUUUCAAAUUCAAUCCUUAAGGUACAUUCGGGUGUUCCACUGUGGUUUUCCUAUUUUGUAUUUCCAAAUACAAAAUAGGCCAAAAAAAAUAGGCCGAAAAAAAUAAGUCGG